ACAUUAAUGAUGCAUUACAGCCACUCAAUGUCCAAAUCAACUCACACGCUCCCUUAAAUUAUGAGUACUUAACAAAAUUCUUCACCAUUUUCCCCCAAAGCUCAACGAUUUCAAAAGCCCUCUUAAAUCCCAUGUCAACUUCUUGCGCCACUUUGCCCAGUUCUGCCAAAUUGGAGUUGCUGGGAAGAAGAAAAAGUUUUUCAAGACUUCAUCGCCAAAGAAGCAGGUGUGGGUUGAGUAGGAGAGGUUUUAUGUUUAAAGGAAUUGUUGCUGCUGGAGCUUCAGCUGUGGCUUCAACUGUUGCUGCAGAGCCCACAAAACCCAAAGGUUUGGAGGAAUUGCCAUUUAAACCAGAGGGGUAUAAUUACUGGACGUGGAGAGAUAGGAAAAUACAUUAUGUGGUGGAGGGAGAGGGGCUGCCCAUUGUUCUGAUUCAUGGAUUUGGGGCUUCUGCAUUUCAUUGGAGGUACAACAUACCUGAAUUGGCUAAAAAAUACAAGGUAUAUGCGAUAGAUUUGAUAGGAUUUGGCUGGAGCGAGAAGGCGCUUAUUGAGUAUGAUGCUCUAGUGUGGAGGGAUCAAGUUGUGGAUUUCGUGAAGGAGGUAGUUAAAGAGCCUGCAGUUUUAGUUGGAAACAGUCUAGGAGGAUUCACUGCUUUAGUUGCAGCAGCAUCACUGCAGGAUCAAGCGAAGGGCAUUGUAUUACUGAACUCAGCGGGACAAUUUGGCGAUGCUGCUUCUCCUGCAACCGAGACAGAAGAAAACGUCGUGCAAAAAUACAUCUUGAAGCCACUGAAGGAUGCUUUUCAGCGAGUUGCUCUCGGGUUUUUGUUUUGGCAAGCCAAGCAACCAGCACGCGUUGAGUCUGUCCUGAAAAGCGUGUAUGUCAACUCUGCAAACGUCGAUGACUAUCUAAUCAAUUCAAUAACAAAGCCGGCGGAUGAUCCAAACGCUGGCGAAGUUUACUACAGACUAAUGACGCGAUUCAUGACCAACCAAAGGAAGUAUACACUUGAUAGCGUGUUGAACCAACUCUCGUGCCCGUUGCUCUUGGUAUGGGGGGACUUAGAUCCUUGGGUGGGCCCUGCAAAGGCUCUUCGUAUCAAAGAGUUCUAUCCAGGUACUUCCCUCGUAAACUUGCAGGCAGGUCACUGCCCACACGACGAGGUUCCAGAGCUUGUCAAUAAGGCCCUAUUGGAGUGGCUCCCAACUAUCGCAUCUACACCGUCCCCUCAAGCUUCAUGAACAUGGCAUUUAGAUCAAUUCUUAUACUGCAAUGGUUGAUAUAUUAAUUGGAGUAUAUAAUUAUAAAAAGAUGAAUUUCUUCAGAAAUAUAGGAGUUGUAUAGUUCUUCCACUUGAAAUAUUUUUACCAACAAUGGUUGUUACUUGUUAAGGUUUGUUAGGGGCAAUGGUUGUUAUGUUUCUUCCUUUUAAA